GUUGAUUUUCUUUUUUGAAUACACGUGGGCGGUUUGUGUUGCAGGGAGAGAGGCCUCAGAAAGUAACUGGAAGCUUCUGGAGUUCCAAUUUAGAAGGUCGGUGAAAAUCUAAAGUACCCCGUGAUUAACAACCAAACGCCAAAGGAAAGAGAAAAGCAUCAAAGAAGGUUGGGAUUUUCUUCGUCUGCGAUUUCGUAACUGUUUGUUGCAGAUGCGGGGUAGAAGUUACAGUUACAGUCCCUCGCCACCAAGGGAUUAUGGAAGGAGGCGGCAUCGUAGCCCUAGCCCUAGGGGUCGCUAUGGCGGUCGUGGUAGAGAUCUUCCCACCAGUCUUCUGGUUCGGAACCUUCGCCAUGACUGCAGGCCAGAAGAUCUGCGUGGACCUUUUGGGCAAUUUGGUCGCCUCAAGGACGUCUACCUGCCUCGGGAUUAUUAUACUGGGCAACCACGUGGUUUUGGAUUUGUCCAGUAUCUAGAUCCUGCUGAUGCUGCUGAUGCAAAAUAUCAUAUGGAUGGCUAUGUUCUUCUUGGAAGAGAACUUACUGUUGUAUUUGCUGAGGAAAACAGGAAGAAACCUUCAGAAAUGAGGGCAAGAGAACGCAGAAGGCGCUCUCCACCAAGUUAUUCUCGAUCACCAAGAUAUGCUCGAAGUUACUCCCGCAGUCCAUACUAUUAUUCUCCUCCUCCUAGGCAAAGACGUUACUCAAGGUCAAUUUCACCUGGAGAUAAGAGAUAUAGAGAACGGUCUUACUCGAGGUCACCCUAUGGCUCAAGGAGUCCAAGCCGGAGCUUUAGUAGGAGCAGGAGUCAAAGUUUGGACUAUUCUAGGUGACUGAUUUGAAGGUGGCUGGGUUAGUAUGUAUCCGGGAGUAUUUCUCCACGUUAAUUGUCUAGAUGAUUUAAGUUUAGGUUUGUAUCAGCAGUAUAUGAGUGACUUCAAAGUUGAUUGUUUAGUUUCUAGUGCUGAUUAUGGCUAGUAAUAAAGUUAAAACAUAAGCAUGCUGUUUGAAUAUUCUAUGCUGACAAUGCUCGCCAUCCUUAAAUGAUCUUUAUUGAGAUUUUUCAUUUA